AUGUCUAGCUCACGUAUCAACCGGGUCACCCUGUUCAAGAUCCCAAAUACCGAGGAUCAGCAGAAGCUUCUAGCCAUUUACAAGCAGAUGCCUGCAAAGGCGGUUAAGGAUGGCAAGCCAUACAUUCUCUCGGUCACAGCAGGGACUGCCAAACCAGACCAGCGCGCGCAGGGAUUCACCAUUGCCGUGAUUUCCGUCUUCUCGUCGGUGGACGACAUGGUGUACUACGACAAUGAAUGUGCCGCGCAUGCUGAACUGAAGAGUUUCGCAAAGACGGUUCAUCAGGGCGCCAUGAUGGUAUUCUUCGAAAAUGAGCUGUAA